AUGAAAUUCAGUGUUGUGCCCCUCCUUUUCGGAGCAACCUCCGCCGUUGCCUCCAGACUCUACGCUGCCUCGUAUGCAGGCACCGUGACCACCUUGUCCUUGUCCCAAUCCUCCAAGGGACAGUAUGAGUUGGAAACAGUCGCCCAGUCCACUGACUGUGGCACCAACCCGUCUUGGCUGAUGCUGGAUCACGACAACCGUGUCCUCUACUGCCUGGACGAAGCUGUUGACCUUGCCAACGGUACCCUGACCUCCUUUGCCAUCCGGCCCAAUGGCACUCUGUCCAAGGUGCUACAGCUGGAGACCAUCGCCGGCCCGGUCAUGUCGCAGUUCUACUCGGCCCCGGGAGUGCCACACCGCAAUGAAGGAUCAGCUGUCACCAGCUAUUCCCUUGACCCCAUCAGUGGUGUCUUCAACCGCUCCCAAACCUUCACAUACACCCUACCGGCUCCCGGCCCCGUCGCGGACAGACAGGAUGCACCCCACUCCCACGGCGUCGUCGUCGACCCAACAGGACAAUUCGUCCUCGUCCCAGACCUCGGUGCUGAUUUGAUUCGCAUCUUCCACAUCAACCCCUCCACUGGACUUCUUGAACCUCAAGCUCCCCUCGUAGCAGCACCCGGUUCUGGUCCCCGCCACGGUGUCUUCUGGACACCCGCGGGCACCACAGCCAAGCAGGCCAAGCACGAAGAUGUCAUUUUCUACCUGACAUCAGAACUGAACAACCACGUCACCGGCUACAGAGUGACCUAUCCAUCCAACGGAACCAUCUCUUUCACAGAGUUCUAUACCGCCAACUCCUACGGCGGUGCUGUCCCGCCCAACGGUUCCAAGGUCGCGGAAAUUGCCAUCUCACCCCAAAACAACCGUCUCGUCGUCAGCAACCGCGACGACAACACCUUCGGCACCAACAACGAUUCCAUCGCCGUCUUCAACUGCGCCGAUGAGUCCGGCAGUCACCCUACCAACGUCAGCUUCGGUGGUCUCUACCCCGCUUACGGGUCGUCGCCGCGCCAGUUCGAGAUGUCGGCGCGCAACGAGAUGAUUGCCGAGGCAUUGCAGAAUACUCAUGCGGUGGGUGUGACGCAGUGGAACGGAAAGACUGGGAAGCCGGUGCCGCUUGUCGCGAAGAAGUCGCUGGUGGGUGAGGUGGUUUCUGUUGUUUGGGAUGAGUAG